AUGAGGCCCCAUAGGCGCGUCCGGGCCCACAGGCGCGUCAAGGCCCACAGGCCUGCGUCGCUGGCGCGGACGCGGGAUGCCAGCCGCGCUGCUCUCCCCUCCUGUCCUGUCGCCCUCUCUCUUGCCCCUCCAUUCCCGUCGCGCUCUCUCUCUCCGCGCCCUUCUCGUCGCCCUCUCUCUCGCCCCUCUCAUCUCGUCGCGCUCUCUCUAUCCGCGCCCUUCCCGUCGCCUCCCUUCCCAUCUCGCUCUCUCUCUCCCCUCCCUUCCCGUUGCCCUAUCUCUUGCCCCUCCCUUCCCAUCGCGCUCUCUCUCUCCGCGCCCUUCUCGUCGCCCUCUCUCUCGCCCCUCUCAUCUCGUCGCGCUCUCUCUAUCCGCGCCCUUCCCGUCGCCUCCCUUCCCGCCGCCCUCACUCUCUCCCCUCCCUUCCCGUCGCCCUCUCUCUCCCCCCUCCCUUCCCAUCGCGCUCUCUCUCUCCGCUCCCUUCCCGUCGCCCUCUCUCUCGCCCCUCCCUUCCCGUCGUGCUCUCUCUCUCCGCGCCCUUCCCGUCGCCCUCUCUCCCGUCGCCCUCUCUCCCAUCGCCCUCGCUCUCUUCUUCGCUCUGUCCCAACGUUAUAUAUAUGCUUGCCUUCCGGCGAAGUGCUCUUUCGCCUCUCGCGCGAUCGUUACGGUUCCUGUCACUGUCGGCACCACGAAACGCUCUCGAGUAGUCGCCAUCGCGCUCCUCUCUACCCGCGCCAUCGCCCCUCCCUUCCCUUCCCCACGAUAUUGCCAUCACCCUUUCCUUUUGAUCAGCGUACCUUUAUUCCAUCCCGUCUCGUCGCCCUCAAGAACUCCCCUACCUUCGCGUCUUCUUGUUGUUCUCCCAUCCCCUUUCUUCGCCCUCGGUGUCUCCGCUCCCCUCCCGUCUUUCUUCCUCUCUCCGCUCCCCUAACGUCGCUCUUCCCAUCUCCGCUUCCAUUCACGUCCUUGUUCCUCUCGCCCUUGAUCUUUCUCGUCGUUAUUCCUCACUACCGUCCCCUCCCCUCCCCUUUUUAA